AUGGCUGACAACAACGGUGAUACCGAGCGAAAGCCUCUCACACACGCGGGCUUUGACAACCCCGAAGUCCUGAAUGCUGUUAGCCCUCAUCCAACCUUCGGUUACUUUCACGGCCCAAUCCCAAACCUCAACCUCCUCCAAGGAAUUCCAUCCGAGAACGCGGCUACCAAUGCCAUUUCAUACGUUGAUCCAACGCACUCGGUAAUUUGUGACGUCGUCGGAGAAAAUGGGGAAAUGUGCGGCAAGAUCUAUCCUCGACCCAGCGCGCUGAGAAAGCAUUUGAGGAAGAAACAUCCUGGCUCUGGUGUUGGUUCGUUUGUCCUCAAUACCCCCCGAGUAUCGCUUAAGAAGCGAUAUGUUUACUCUAUUGCUUCUUGUGCUGAUUCAUGGGAUUUGCUUGCGCCUUCCUGUCUAGUCAUGCCCCCAGUCCUCGGGGAGAUCAGCCCUCUCCAAAUCCACACCGCGGAGUGUGCCCUCAAGAAACGGGUAUUGCUAGGUGGCUGCCGCAAUGCGGUCUACCUGAACGAGCCGAGACGCGGAUAUGGACUGAUCACGGAAUACUGUGAUGCUCUCGAGUGGAUAGCGUGA